AUGAAACUUCUUCCGAUUUUACUCGGCUCGUCGGGGAUUUUUGCCCAGAAUGAGACGACUCAGGCGGCUCUCGAGAGUACCACUGUCGAGAAACCCUGUAAUAGUGAGAACAUUGGAUCGGGACUAGAGAUAAAGCUUGAAAAUGAGACGGAAGUGGAAGAAAUUCAGCUGCAAAUGGAAGAUUUCACGCUCAAAGCGGCCAAGAAUGAGACAGCGGAAAUGGCUUUGCCGGAAACAACUCAAAAACCGGUAAAAACCACACCGAAAUCGACGACAACGAAAACGACGACAACCAGGGCGACAACAACUACAACCACAGCUAAAACCACCACAACAAAGGCCACGACAACUACAGCUAAAACAACAACAUCAGCGGCGUCUACAGAAGAUUCCGCCAGAAGUAAUUGUAAGAAGCUCAAGAACGUCGACAAUCAAUCUGGACUCAUUAUUCGAGCUCAAUGGUUCGACAAAGGCGCCCACCAGUUCAACGCUUUUGGCUGGAUGCCUGUCUCCGGAAGAGUUUCCAAUUGGAAGAUUAUCGUUGAGUUCAACACUGCUAUCUCUGACGAUGGGAAGACUUGGGAGCUCCUGCCGAUGUCUUACAACAAAGUUCUCGACAGCAAAUUCAAUUUCGACUUUUUGGCGAAAGCGGAAAGCGGUGGAGUCAAGGCAACGACUUGGUGGUGCCACGACGGAAUUAACGGUGGAUCUAGUGCUACCUCGUCGCCUGCAAAAGCCCAACCAACUAAAGCACCCCCUCAAAAGCAUGUUCAGACCAAGCCAGCUCCAAAACCAUCAAUAAUUAACAGACCCACAAGUGAAAAAACGACAACUUCACCAAGCACCAAGCCGGCAAAUCCCCCCAAAACUGUGUCUUCAGACGUAGAUUUUGGAAAAAUCUCCUACAACAAGGCCUCAAAAGAUCAUUGCUCUAGAGCCGGAGGAAAUCUUAAAUCCCAAUCUGCAACCAAGCCAACUUUCAAAAAGGCUUCAAAAGAAGAGGUAGCGAAGACAAAAUACGACUUGAACGAAGUUAUCGCCAAGUCGAUUCUGUUUUACGAAGCUCAGCGAUCUGGUGAGCUUCCGGAAGACAAUCGAGUAAAAUGGCGAGGAGAUAGCGGCCUCAACGAUGGAUGUGACAUCGGAAGAGAUCUUACUGGCGGGUGGUACGACGCUGGUGAUUACGUUAAGUUCGGUUUGCCAAUGGCUUGGUCAACAACGACACUCACCUGGGGAAUCAUCGAAUACGGUGACGCUUACAAAGCAGCUGGCGAAUAUGAAAACGCUCUUGCUCAAGUCAAAUGGACUCUGGAUUACUUCGUCAAAUGUCACAUUGCAAAAGACCAGUUUGUUGCUCAAAUCGGCAAUGCGAAAAAAGACCACGAAUACUGGGGCAGAGCUGAAGAGAUGCGAAUGAACAGACCAACCUACAUCAUCUCACCGAAAAAUCCCGGCUCCGAUGUCGUCGGCGAAUCCGCUGCAGCGCUUGCUGCUGGAUCUUUGCUUUUCCGGGAAAGUAACCCAAAACUGGCUGAUGAAUAUUUAGCUCAUGCGCGCGAACUCUACGCACUCGCCAAGAACUACCAAAAAGAUUACAAUAGCGCGAUUCCGAUGAUUACUGAGUUUUACAAAUCUUGGGGCUACAAAGACGAAAUCGCAUGGGCUUCGGCGUGGAUUUACAGAGCUUCUGGGGAUUCAAAAUGGAAGGCUAUUGCGGAGCGAGAUUAUAAUAAUUUCGGCAUCCAGUACUCGGGAGUUGAAUCAACCUGGGAUUCCAAGAAGCCCGGAACCAUGGCAGUCAUGCUUCAAGCGACCAAGAAUCCAAAAUAUGCAACGCACUUGGCAAAAUACGUCGACAGUGCUUUACGACAGCGUAAAACGCCAAAAGGAAUGAUCUACGUUCAAAAGUGGGCCCCACUGAGACACGCUUCUAACAUCGCAUUUAUGGCUUUACAAGCUGCCAUGGCGGAACCAAAGCUUCCAAAAGCCAGCCAAUAUUUUCAAUUUGCCCAGAAACAGCUAAAUUACGCUCUUGGAAGCACAGGCAGAAGUUACGUCGUUGGUUUUGGUAAAAGUCCACCAAAAGAGCCUCAUCAUCGAGGAUCAAGUUGUCCAGCAAAGCCAAAAACAUGUGACUGGGCGCAAUCUGGGCGUGGCCCCGCUCCUUGGGUUCUUUUUGGAGCACUUGUCGGCGGGCCAAACGAGCAAGAUCGAUAUACAGACAGCCGCAAGGACUACAUUGCUAAUGAAGUAGCCACAGACUAUAAUGCUGCAUUCCAGGGCUUAGCAGCUGGAGUCAAGUGCAAAUUACUUGGUGGCGAUUGCACAGUUCGAAAUUACGCUCGCCCAAGUAUUGACUUGCCCCUUCCGCCAGCAAAGAGCAGCCACGGUUCUAGCUCAUCAUCUGCUCCUUUGCCAACAAAAGCUACGGCUUCAAAAGAUACUAGCGCUCAAGAAUUCAAAAAUGGAGACUUCGAAAAUGGUCACCACGGAUGGAUUUGCAACGGCUGCAAGGGAAGUCGAGUUGCUUUCCCAUGGGCAGCUCAAAGUGGAAAAGCUGGAUACAAGGUCGAAUCAAGACUGGGCGCUUGGGCUGGUCCAGCACAGGAUUUUGUUUUUGGCAAGGAUCUUCUUCCUGGAAAUGAUUAUAUUGCGGAAGUUUACAUACGUCCGCAGGGAAAUGAUCAAAAAGCUGAGAAAUUCAUCAUGACUGCAAAUAUUGAAUUCAAAUCCGGUAAACCAGUCUGGAAGCCAAUUGCAAGCGUUCAAGCAAGACCUAAACAAUGGACUCGUCUUUCCGGUACCAUCAGUUUCGACUACAAAGUUCAGGAUGUCAAGAACAUUCGAAUCUAUAUCGAGGGACCUCCACCUAGCCGUUCGUUUGUCAUUGACUCAGCUUCUUUGAAAUCGGUGCAUGCAGGAAAAGCGCCAGCAAAAACGACUGCUCGUCCAGCUCAGAAAACAACCCCAAAACCGAUGAAGACUACGACAAAACCAAAAACCAAGCCAACAGCUACAACUGCCCGAAAUUGGAGUAAUAAUUCACCACUUUGGCAAAAUGCUAGCGGCGGAAAGCUUCACAAGGGCGAUAUCACUGUUUACGCGGAAAAACCCGACGGUGGCAACUGCGGCUACCCCAAAUUCAGCGACGAGACGACAAAAUAUUUCGUUGCUUUGCCAAAGCCAAUGUGGGAAAAGGGAGCCAACUGCGGACGAUGCGUUGAAAUCGACUGUACAGCUGGUAAUGUCGGGACCAACUGCGAUGCCGGAAAAACGACAGUAGCGAUGGUGGUCGACAGCUGCCCAGAAUGCCACGAAGGCGACUUGGACUUGAGCAACGCGGCAUGGGACAAAGUCUCAGGAAACGCUGGUCAUUCGCGAUUCAAGGCGAAUUGGAAAUUUAUCGAGUGCCCUGACAGAUUCAUGAUGAAGGACACUUUUGAAUUCCAUAUCAAAGAAGGAAGUUCCAAAUGGUGGCUGGCCGUCAUGCCGCUCAACCACAAGCACAAAAUGAAGUCUAUCGAGAUCAAAAAGGGCGAUGGGGCGUGGAAAAGCAUGGAAUUCGGCACCAUCGAUAGCUUUUACUGGAAAGGCGCGCCGCAAGUGGAUUCCUUUGAGCUUCGAUUUACGCUUGUCACUGGUCAGUCUAUCACUCACAAGGUCUCAGAAGUCGUCGCCUCCUCCACCAUCGACACCAAGAAAAAAUUCUAG